UUUACGUCUCACUCUACAAUUACCACCGAUCCUCCACCAUUAUCUCUUCCUUCGUCUGUCACUUGAAGUUUGAAGCGUCGCCAUCGUCUCUGCCCUUCUCUCAUCCUCAUUCCUCACUCAGACGCUCUCUCUCAGCCUUACCUGAAAUUUGAAAGAAAGCUGCAGCGUCUCCAUUAAACUUUCCGCUCACUCAUCUCUUGAGCCAUGGCCACCGCGAGAGUGUUGACUGUCUCCGAUACUUCCUGCUUACUCUCCAAAACGACGUCGUUCCCGGUGAAGCAGAGUCCCUACGGCACCAGCCUUCGCUUUACUAGGAGAAGAGUAGCAUCAUUGUCGUCUUCCUCCAGGAGGUCCUUCAAUUGCACAGCUAUCUACAAACCCGAAGUUCAGAUCAGGGAGGAAGGCCAGCCUGAAACCCUAGACUACCGGCUCUUCUUCGUCGAUCGCUCUGGUCAAAAGGUUUCGCCUUGGCAUGACAUACCUUUGCAAGUGGGUGAUGGUGCAUUCAACUUUGUGGUUGAAAUACCCAAAGAAUCAAGUGCAAAGAUGGAGGUUGCUACUGAUGAGCCACACACCCCGAUAAAGCAGGAUACAAAGAAGGGCAAACUUCGUUACUACCCGUACAAUAUAAAUUGGAAUUAUGGGUUGCUUCCGCAAACUUGGGAAGACCCAACCCUUGCUAACGCUGAAGUUGAAGGAGCCUUUGGGGAUAAUGAUCCAGUUGAUGUUGUUGAGAUAGGCGAUAGUCGGAGAAGGAUUGGCGAGAUUCUCAAGGUAAAGCCUUUGGCUGCUUUAGCUAUGAUUGAUGAAGGGGAGCUUGAUUGGAAAAUUAUUGCAAUUUCAUUGGAUGAUCCAAGGGCUUCUCUCGUUAAUGACAUUGAUGAUGUUGAGAAGCAUUUCCUGGGGACUCUCACUGCAAUAAGGGACUGGUUUAGAGACUACAAGAUACCAGAUGGAAAGCCGGCUAACAAGUUUGGUCUUGGCAACAAAGCAGCAAACAAGGAUUAUGCUCUUAAGGUCAUAACCGAAACUAAUGAAUCAUGGGCCAAGCUUGUCAAGAGAUCGAUUCCUGCUGGAGAAUUGUCACUUGUAUAGAUGCAUUGGUUGAAUUGGAAUUCCAGGCGUUUAUCAUCUUGCACUCAUGGUGAUUCAUUAGAGAUUUUUCCUUUUGGCGAACCGGCGGUGCUGUUAAAUGAAAAUAUUGAUUCAAUGUCAAUUUUUGCGUCAGUCGGCUGGACUAAGCACGGUGAGUAAUUUAAUACUAGCUUGGUUUUAUUAGAGCUUAUUUCUUUAUACGGUAAUCAUGCUUGGUGCUUAAGUAAUGGUUAAUUUGCCAUGCACUUCUUUUA